ACGGCUCUUCUUGGGAGGCGGAGGGAGGUUUGAAAUGGCCGGAAGAGCUCGGGCUGCUCCGCGCCCCGGAGCGGCCGGGGCAGGCGGCUCCUUCCGGCCAGGUGCUGAGGGCGGAGAUGGCGACCAAGCAGCUGGCCCGGCAACUUGGAUUAAUUAGAAAAAGUUCCAUAACUUCCUCAAAUGGCAAGAAUCAGACUAGAACCAAGUCAAGUAAGUGGGCAGUCGUUUGACUAUUUAAUUAUUAUUGACUUUGAGUCUACAUGUUGGAAAGAUGGUAAACGUCAUUACAGCCAGGAAAUAAUUGAAUUUCCAGCAGUUUUGUUAAACACUUCAACUGGAGAGAUUGAAUCUGAAUUCCACAUGUACGUCCAGCCUGAGGAACAUCCAAUUCUUUCUGAAUUUUGUACUGAACUAACUGGCAUAAAGCAGAAUCAAGUUGAUGAAGGGGUUCCUCUCAAUAUUUGCUUAUCACAAUUUUCUAAGUGGAUUCAAAAGAUACAAAAGGAGAAGAAAAUAAUUUUCAAUUCAGAUGUUUCAAGCCAUUCUGUUUCUGAAGCAAAAUCAAGUACCUUUGUUACUUGGUCAGACUGGGAUCUGGGGGUUUGUUUGCAGUAUGAGUGCAAAAGGAAGCAGCUGCGAAAACCUGAUAUUUUAAACUCUUGGAUUGAUCUCAGAGCAACAUACAAGCUCUUCUACAAUAGAAAGCCAAAAGGACUAAAUGGUGCUUUACAGGAUCUGGGGAUAGAAUUUGCAGGACGGGAACAUUCUGGGUUGGAUGAUUCUCGGAAUACUGCCCGUCUUGCUUGGAGGAUGAUCUGUGAUGGAUGUGUGAUGAAAAUUACUAAAUCUUUGGAUAAGGUACAUCCAAAGAAGAAUUCAGUGUCCAGAUCUUUGAAUGUGAACCCCACUGAAGAGAAUCCACUGGGAAGUGAUGAUGGUGCUGAAACUUCAGCUAAAGAUAGAAUUUGCAACAGCAGCUGUCUAGCUGAGAAUGAACAUAAUAAAAUUGAUAAAAUGGUUAUAAACUCCAAUGUAAAGGGAAAAGACCAGCAAGAGUCCAGUUCUACAAGUUCCUCUGCAAAUGUCCAUAUUGGAUCUAGAAUCAGUACAAAGAUUGAUGGAUGUGGUCAAACCCAAAGCUGCUUACCUCCACGUAUUGGCAGACUUCCUGUUCCCUUUGGACAACUACAGGCUUCUCAUUGUAAUUUACUGACGGGCAUCCAGAAUGGAUUAAAUAAUGGACAUCUUAUUUCUACUUCCAAGUAUAGUUCUUCAGUACUUGGUUCAGGGCUAGUGCUUGUCUCCACUACUAUUUCCUCUGUUAAUAUCUCUAAUGUAGAUAUAAGUACUAGUUCUGAUUGUUUAUCUAUGUUGGCUGAUUGGGAAGAUGUAGCUUUAAUACCAGAAUCACAGCAUGAAGAAAAUACAGACUCUGUGAAGCUUAAAGAUGACCCAGAUGCAAAGACUUCAUCAGUCUCUGGAGAAGGGAUGGUUUUGAAAGAACCAGCUAUGAAGAAUUCAGACUUUGAAUGUUUGGAGCAACGUAAUGAACAUUUGGAGGCUUCUAAGUCUAUUGUGUACAAAAGUCCUAAUACUACUAUCUAUGAUGUAGGAUUAGCCCAAAGGCAAGCCUUAAAUUGUUCUGCUUUUAAGUUACCAUCUGCGAAGGUAAAUGCUACUUUAUCAAGUACAGUAUUAACUGGAAAUCAUUCCACCCCUUUCUCUCAGACUCCUAAGAGGAAACCAUCUAGUCCGAAAACUUUACCUCCAUCAAAAAAACAGUCAUUCACUGUACAUGAAGAUGAAGCUGCAUCUUCUGAUCAGCCCCUAUCUUUGAGAAAUUCAAGUUCAUACAAAGUGCCUACUGUUAUCUUAAACUCCACAGUUUGCCUGAAUCAAUCUUUAAAAGCUGUGAAAAGUGACAAACUAACUCCACCCUUAUGUAAUUGUGGUCGAAGGGCUAAAAGACUAAAUGUGUCCAGUGCUGGUCCAAAUCAUGGCGAAGUAUUCUACAGUUGUCCUGUUGGAAAACAUGAAGGGAAGAAGAGAGGCUGUGGAUAUUUCAAGUGGGAGCAUGUACUUCUAAAGGAAAAAUCCACUAAUGCUAUUUCUACUCUUUCCCCCACUGCAGCUGGUUUAACAUCUCCUGGAAUAAACUCAGAUUCUUCAGGAAAUUCUCACAGGAAAUAUCCGGGUCUCAGACCUUCUAUGAGAACUUGAAUGUUAAUUAAUUUUUGUCCAAAUCUUAACAUAUGCUAAGUGUUCACUCAUACUACGAAAAAAAUUAAGCAAAUGAUGCCACAGAUUUCAAUUUUAUGAGGAUUGGGCAUAAGUGACAUUGCUGGGCUUACUUCAGAUCAAAAUGGAACUCGUGAAGCAUAAGUGGAGACAGUCAGACAUUAAUAACUUGAGAAUUUGAGGAGGUUAGCGUGACUAACAUGAAAGUAUAAGCAGCUGGUAUCCCAAGUUUUAAUAUUUUUAUUCUCUCAUCAGGUAUUUUUAUUCUCUCAUCAGGUAUUUUAGAUUUUUUUUUACCAGCCCAAUCCUUAAAUAUUAGUGUUAGUGAUAAAAAUUUUGUUUAUGCGACUACAUUUUCCUAAAAAUACAUCUGUAUAUAAAUAACUCUUUACAAUGUAUGCAUAUAUCUUUAACUCUCUGUCUAAGAAAUGAUACUUGAAGCAGUAAUGAUGGUUUUUAAAUUAUUUUAUAUAGUCUUUAUUACUGAAAUGAAAUAAAGAUAAACGUACAUUCCUGUGACAUUUUGAGUAAAUAAACUUAAAAGUACCAUAGCAAAAAUGUUAA